GAUGGCGGGAGUUAUCGCUCUUUCUAUUCAGAAGUUUCUUCUCAGGCUCCUGGGCCCCGGGUCCAUCCCUCAGUAUUCACCUGACAGAGAUAGGUGUCACAGGGCGCCACAAGUCUCCUCAUUACAGCUGAAAUAUUCUCUACAUAAAACUACAACUCCCGGGAGGCUUUGCGGCGUGGUGCCGACGGCGCAUGCGCCGAUGUUCCCGGGGGUUUUCCUGAACUACGUUUCCCGACAUCCCUCAAGCGAAACGAUUCUGGACACGAAGAGGAAACCCGCGGAGACGUCACCAUGAACCUGGAGCGGGUGCCCAACGAGGAGAAGCUGCAACUGUGCCGGAAGUAUUACCUGGGGGGGUUUGCGCUGCUGCCGUUCCUGUGGUUGGUGAACGUCACGUGGUUCUUUAAGGAGGCCUUCUUUAAGCCGGUGUACACCGAGCAGCCGCAGAUCCAGAGCUACGUGAAGCGCUCGGCCUUCGGCCUCUUUGUUUGGGUCGUGGUCCUCACCACGUGGAUCAGCAUCUACCAGACGCACCGCGCACACUGGGGCGCCACCGGCGACUACCUCAGCUUCACCAUUCCGCUCGGCAUCCCCUGAUGUCCUCCCAGAACUGCGCACAACCUCCUCCGAACCCCAAGUCACCAGGGACCGACCGUCACCGCGGAAACAACAGAUCACAUGAUAUCAGCCAAUAAAAUGUUCUAGAAAACCAAA